GGCAUUGUAUUUCGUGUGUGCUGAAGGUCAGUCGUUUUCCCCGGACUCGCUCUUCCAGAGCACGUGCUCGGGUUAACUGUCUUGCUCAAUGGCAGUACGAUAGGUGUCUGUUCGUUUAGCCUUGUCACCAUUAUACAUAACCUUUCAACGGUUAUGUAUGAUAAAGGCACUCCCAGGACUCUGCUUGCAAUGCUUUCCUGCAUUUCUACAUUGAGUGGCUGUCUGUGCACUGCCGAGUGACUUGCAUCUUAACGUGAAUUCUAUACCUCCAAACACGCGAACACCUGCCCUCCUCCGGUUGGCUGUGAACGGGACAGCACAGACCUCACUGUGAUUUCGUAAGAAGCGCCGGACACUGCAGGCUAUAAAGCCCCAGCUCAACUAAGCAACUGAUCAUUUUCAGAUCAAGCAGAAGUCCUAUUUCACCGGCGGAUAACGGGGUGUUCUUCAUCACAAUGGAGAUCUCAGGUUUGUUAAUGCUGGUGCUGAUGGGUUCAGUCGGUGUUGAAGGUGGCGUUGGCCCCAGCAGCAACUCCACUUUCUGCACCGAGUCGAAAGAAUGUCUUGAGUACGAGCUGGUGUGCAAAACAGACGAGUAUGAGGUGCGUCACUACAGCCCCACUCGAUGGGUGUCGACGGACGCCGAGGCCUACUUCAUGGGGGUGGGAGCUGCCAUGGCCUUCAGAAGACUCUUCCAGUACAUCACUGGAGCCAACAACCAUGGUGUGCAGAUGGAGAUGACCGCCCCCGUCUUAGUGAGGAUCCCAGAGGAGACCCGGGUUUGGGAGCCAGCCAUCUACACACUCAGCUUCCUGCUUCCAGCAGCCUUUCAGGACAAGACCCCGACGCCCACCAAUGACAAGCUGUACUUCACCGACAUGCCUGCCAUGGACGUGUACGUGCGGAGCUACGGCGGCUGGAUGUUGUCCGUGACCUCGAGGCUUCACGCCCACCUGCUGACCAAGGAGCUGGCCCGGGUCCAGGCUGUCUUCAACCACACGUACCACUAUGGAGUGGGCUACGACAGUCCCCUGAAACUGCUGAACAGACACAACGAGGUCUGGUACGUUGCCGAGGGAGACGCCGUCUGCUCCGACCCCCAGGAACCGACCCCGCCGCACACGCCCGCCGCCGCGCGCACACCCGAGGCGCACACAUCCCCCUUCACCCCGUCCCGCAUCCCCCCCAACGUCACGACAGACUCCCCCUCGGUCCGCCGGUCCACCACGCCCUCCCAGGCCCCUGGGGUGACCCCUUCUGAGGGCCUCAAGGUGGCGGGGGGCCCCGUGGCCAACAGCUCAAACCCACGGGUGGACGGUCCCUGGAACAACACCGUCGAGGCCUCGCUGGAGGACGCGCCCUCUGACAACUCCGUGGUCGCCCCGCCCAAACCCCACCUGGCCUAGCGCUGGAGCCGUGCACGGUGGUUGGUGGAGGGAAGCUAGGGUUGGAGCUCCUUUGGUUACUACCUGGAGAGAAACAAAGAAAGAGAGAGAGAGAAAGCAAGAGAGGGAGGGGUGUAGGACAGAGUGAGAGAGACUGAAGACCAAAUCUGACCCUGACCUCACCCUAACCUGACCUUUCCUCAGCAUUCACCAGUAGGACAUCACCACCACCUACUGGUUUUCAGGCCUCACUACAAGCUUGCAUUUAUUCAGCUCAGUCACUUUAAUCUCCAUGUUAACACAUUAGGCUAAGCAUUUAUCCAGGUAUCAUAUUAAUCAACCAACCAAUCAAUCAACAACACACAUGACGCUACCUUUCCUUUAUUGCAUAGUGCAACAUCAGACUUAUUAGAAUUGUGUUAGUUGAGAGAUGAGAAAAUCGAUACUGCAUUAUACAUAGUUUGUUAACAGUUGACAAAAGGAGAAUAAAGCAGCCUACAGGAAUAAAGCAGAUUUGAUAGUACAGUAGUGUAUAUUUAAAAGUUCAUUAUUAUGAUUGUUUUUUGUUUAUUUAUAUUUAUGAUUGGACAACAGUUGUAGAUCUGACUUCACUGUACCAGUUGUCAGUAUUCUCCCUUGUCACAGGUUCAUAUUUAAAAAAAAAAAAAGAUAUUCACACAGGCAAGGUUUUUAACUCAUCAUCUGAAAGUUAUUUUAUUGAUUUAUUAUGUUUUUUUUUUUAUUACUCCAUACAUUUGUUGUAAGCAGUUGGUAGCCCUACUGUAUAAUCACCCACUAAUCACACUGUCUUAUUGAUUUUAUGGUGGGUGUGAGAAAAUUCUUAACGUGUAAAAUAGUGAACAGUGAAAAGUGAUUGUGACGUUAUAUAAGUGGUUAUAGCUGAGGAUCCUGUUGGUCUGGUUGUAAUACCAUCCUAGUCCAGAAGGUGACCCAAUAAAACACUAAAACAAUGA